CGUCCCAUUUUUUUUUUUUUAAUUUUAUUUUCCCUCUCUUUAAAACCACCCCUAAAUCUUUCUCUCUCGGCUCUCAUUUGAUCCUAAUUUUGUUUUUCAAAAUCUCGUUUAGUUAAAGGCUUCAAUCAAGUUCAAAAUCAUACUCAUUACCGCAAAAAGUAGUAAAUCAUUUUAUUGAUUUUCCUAGUUUUUUUUUGUUUUUUUAAGCGAUGGAAAACAAAGCGGCGGUGAGGUUUAUGUUAGGGAAGCAAUCGUCGAUGGCGCUGGAGAGAGGUAAGGAUGGAUCCGAUGGAAAAGGUAUAGAGGAAGGAGAAGAUAUAGAUGACGGAGUUAGGCUGAUGUAUUUAGCCAACGAAGGUGACUUGGACGGCAUUCGGGAGCUCUUAGACUCCGGGAUCAACGUUAAUUUCCGCGACAUCGAUGAUCGGACGGCUCUCCAUAUUGCUUCUUGUCAAGGACAGAACGACGUCGUCUCCUUGCUACUUCAACGUGGCGCUACCGUCGAUUCUAAAGAUCGCUGGGGAAGCACUCCUCUGUCGGAUGCUAUAUAUUAUAAGAAUCAUGAUGUGAUUAAGCUUUUGGAGAAACAUGGAGCUAAGCCUUUGAUGGCUCCAAUGCACGUAAAUCACGCGCGUGAAGUCCCGGAGUAUGAAAUCGAUCCAAAAGAACUUGAUUUCACUAACAGUGUCUACAUUACUAAGGGAACCUUCUGUAGAGCCUCAUGGCGAGGAAUACAAGUUGCUGUAAAAAAGCUCGAGGAUGAACUUAUCACUGAUUCGGAUAAAGUGAGCGCAUUUAGGGAUGAGCUUGCAUUAUUUCAGAAAAUUCGACAUCCAAAUGUAGUCCAAUUUCUUGGUGCAGUAACUCAGAGUAGCCCGAUGAUGAUUGUAACAGAAUAUUUACCCAAGGGAGAUUUACGAGCUUUUUUGAAAGGAAAGGGAGCAUUGAAACCAAUGACAGCUCUGAGAUUUGCACUUGACAUUGCAAGGGGAAUGAAUUAUUUGCAUGAGAAUAAACCACCAAUAAUUCAUCGUGAUCUUGAGCCUUCAAACAUUUUGCGGGAUGACUCUGGACAUCUGAAAGUCGCAGAUUUUGGUGUUAGCAAGCUGCUUACAGUUAAAGAAGUUAAACCUCUAACAUGUCCAGUGACAUCUUGUCGAUAUGUUGCCCCAGAGGUUUUCAAAAAUUAUGACUAUGAUACCAAAGCGGAUGUGUUUUCAUUUGCCCUGAUUCUACAGGAGAUGAUUGAAGGCUGCCCGCCAUUUUUUACAAAGCAAGAUAACGAUGUUACGAAGGCAUAUGCAUCAAAGGAGCGUCCACCUUUCAGAGCUCCAUCUAAGUAUUACGCUCAUGGGCUCAAAGAGUUAAUUGAGGAUUGUUGGAAUGAGAAGGCUGCUAAGCGACCAACAUUUAGACAGAUAAUAAAAAGACUGGAAUCGAUCCAUGACAGUUUCAGUCAUAAAAAGCAUUGGAAGGUGUGGUGCAAUCUUUUUUAACUAUUAGGCUGAUAAUUGUUCUCUACGGGUGCAUUAUGUUCAGGCUAGGCCAUUAAAAUGGUUUCAGAGUCUGGAGGCAAUGCUGAAGAAAGAUCAUUCUAGUUCAAGCAGUUCAUCUCAUUCUACUGGAAGCAUAUGAGCGAAGUGACUGAAGCUUUAUCUUCCAAAGCUUAUAUAUAAUUGUGCAUAAAUUUUCACACCAUUGAUUUUUUUUCCCCUUCUGAUAAUUUGUUUAGUCAUUAAAUAUGAUCUUCCAAAUUUGUUCUCUCCCUUUGCAUUGUGUUUGUGGGCUGAGAACUGCAUUUGCACUUGUAUCUUUUUCAUGUAAAAAAAAAAAGAAAGAAUAGUCAUAAUCCAAAAUUUAUGCAAGGCAGGCAGGUUCUCGAAUGAA